AUGGCUUUCAAAGUGGCCAUCGUCGGUGUUGGGUGUCGUUUCCCAGGAGCAGAUGACAUCGACCAAUUUUGGAAAGUUCUCAAAAAUGGUGAAAAUCAUGUGAUUGAAGUGCCAAAAAAUCGCUGGAAUCUUGAUGCAUUUUACCACGAAGAUGCCGGAAAACCAGGGAAAACCAAUGCUCGAAAAGCAGGUUUUGUUCAAGGAGAAAUCAACGAUGAUAGGAUAUUCUUUGGAGAGAAUGGUUCAGAUGCAAAAUUAGAAAUAACGAAUCUCCAACUUUUCAUACCCGUAAUAACACCAUCAAUUGAAGUAGAAACGAGAAUAUUCAACUCGUUAACUAAAGAUAUUGAAAUAGAUUUUCUUCAUCGUAACACGGUAGGUAGCAUGACUUUAACGGGAGAAUCCACCACGUGGCCAAUCACUAACACUAUUAAACCAGCAAGAUAUGUAAUGGUUGGUUUCAAGAACUUACCAGAUUCUCAAACGAAUAACAAUAAUGCCUAUAGAGUGGCAAUGAACCAAACUCAAAAUCCUUUAAUCCAUAAAGUUCAAGUAAGAUUAAACAACGAUAAUUAUCCUAACCAACCUUUAACAAUUAAUCCAACCACAAAGAAUUAUAAUGAAUUUUAUAGAAACCAUAAAAAUAUGUGUGAAUUAUUUGGAAAUCUACCUUAG